AUGUUGCGAGUGCGCUACUCUCCCCAACACCCUCCCCUCGCCACGCUCUGCGUAUCGGUUCUCCUGGAGAGAGGCCUCGCAGCGUGUGUGCCCGACAACAAACUUCAGGGUUCUUUGCUGAUUGUUCAAAAGAGCGACAACGCCCCGGAGGAGUUCACAACCGAUGUCGCUGCUGCAAAGAUCCUCUGUGCUCUCAGCCCCAAAACUCUCCUGCUGUACCCAGCGGCAGUCCCUUCACCCUCGUUCGAGGACGCAUGCGCAACUGCAUGCAUCGACGCCAUGCUGUCUCUGGCGGCGACGCUCCAGGCUGCCUCCUCGCUGUCUCCGAAGCAGCUAGGAUCUCUCAGUUCGCAUCUGCAACUCCGGACUUUCUUGUGCGGAUACCAUCUCACUCUCGCCGACCUCGCCGUCUACGCUCAACUCCGCAGGCUCGCAUGCACCGAGCAGCACGCCGGCGCUCCCCCCGCAGGAUGGAAGGACAAGUUUGUUCAUGUUUCACGCUGGUACUCUUUCCUCCACGGUCAGCAGUCGACCGCGAACGCGGUCGGCGUAGCUUUGCGCAAAGCUGGUUCGACCGCAACGCGAGCGGAGUCGCAGAAGAACGAAGACGGAAAGAAGAAGGCAGAGCGUGCGAAUGCAAACCCAUCGUCGCCAACCGCCGGGGACAAAAAAGGAACGGCCUCGCACGCUUCCUACGAAGGCAAGUUGGAAGGCGCUGUGCAGGGGAAAGUCGUGACGCGUUUCCCUCCUGAGCCGUCCGGAUAUCUGCAUAUCGGCCACGCGAAGGCUGCGCUUUUGAACAGCUACUUUGCCAAGAAAUACAACGGCAAAAUGCUCUUCAGAUUCGACGACACCAAUCCUGCGAGAGAAAAUGAGGAAUUCGAGUCAAGCAUUGCCGAGGAUUUGCGUCUGUUGAACGUCGAAUGGGCGAAGAUUUCCCAUACAUCUGACUACUUUGAGGAGAUGCAGAGUCUCUGCGAACGCCUCAUCAAAGAAGGCAAGUUCUACGUCGACGACACGCCCGCGGAGGUGAUGCGCGAGCAACGCGCCGAAGGCGUCGAAUCCUGUCGCAGAAACGCCUCCGUGGAGGAAAGCCUGCAGCGCUGGGCGGAAAUGUUGAAGGGUUCUGCUGAAGGCCAGAAAUGCUGCGUGCGCGCCAAGAUGGACAUGCAGUCGAAGAACAAGUGCAUGCGCGACCCGGUGAUGUAUCGGUGCGUGGCCGAUUGUCCUCAUCACCGCCACGGCGACCGCUUCAAGGCAUACCCGACCUACGACUUUGCGUGUCCCGUCGUGGACUCGAUUGAGGGUGUGACGCAUGCGCUGCGAACCAACGAAUACGCCGACCGCAUUCCGCAGUACCAGUGGGUUCAACAAGCGGCCGGUCUUGCGCCUGUCCACAUCUACGAGUUCAGCCGCCUCUGUUUCGUGAAGACGCUCCUCUCGAAAAGAAAACUGAAACAAUUUGUCGACACCGGCCUCGUGGAAGGCUGGGACGACCCGCGCAUGCCGACUGUGCGAGGCAUUCGGCGUCGCGGCUUGCAAGUCGAGGCGCUCUUGGAAUUUAUUCUCGAGCAAGGCCCCAGCAAGGCAGGCAACUUGAUGGAGUGGGACAAACUGUGGACGAAAAACAAGCAAAUCAUCGAUCCAAUUGUGCCCAGAUUCAUGGCUGUUGGAAAGGAUGCAGUUCCUGUGUUCAUCAAGGGCGGUCCCGAGACGGUGGAAAGCAAGAAGCGACGCAUGCAUGCGAAGAACGAAAGUCUGGGCGAGGCCGAUCUUUUGCUGCUCAACAAAAUCCUCAUCGACCGGGACGACGCUGCCAUGUGUGAAAAUGGAGAGGAGGUGACACUAAUGCACUGGGGCAACUGCAUUUUCGACACCGUCGUGAAGAACGCUGCGGGCGAAGUCACCGAAAUUCAAGCGACGCUUCACCUGGAAGGCGAUUUCCGAAAAACGAAGAAGAAACUCCACUGGCUAGCGAACCUGAGUGGCCUUUCUGCCGCACCUGCACAGAGUGCAGAGUUGGUCCUGAGGGAGUUGGACCAUUUGAUCACCGUCGACAAGCUUGACCAGGAAGAAGGCGACUGGGAAAAGUUCAUCAAUCCUCAGACGCUCUUCGACACACCGGCGAUUGGUGACCCUCUCCUGAGGCAGCUUAGGGAAGGCGAUCUGCUCCAACUGGAGCGCCGCGGGUACUUCCGCGUCGACCAGGCAGGCGACCGGCUCGUCCUCAUCAAGAUUCCGGAUGGCCGAUCCAAGGCCAUGUCCGCCGUGGGCACCAAGGUCGACGCCGCGAAGCUUUCUGGAGCAAAAAUCACAGGAAAGAAGUAG